UGAAUUUUUAUACACACAGCCUUAACGCCCAGAUUUCAAAUGUUGCAGUCUAAACAUCUAAGAUUUUAAAUGUCAGGCUAGAAGGAACGAUUUCCUUAUUACCUCGGUGUUAGUGAUAAUGGGGUUGUGGUUGAGACGAGUUUCAUGUUGGAGAAAUCCUCCACCUGUCUGUGCCUCCGCCGCUCACACAAAUUCAUCCCAUCCAUCUUUCCAGAAUGUCACUACCGUCAUAUUUGCAUGAGAAAGUUCAGCCAAUCGCAACCUUUCUUUUCAUUCCUUUCCGCCGUCAUGGGAUUGUUUGCGAUGUUGAUAUGUGUUUUUGUCACUGAGACGAAUAUAUAUUUCAUGUAAGUCCCAAUGGAUGACCGUUUCUUUUUUAAUUUAUCCAUCCAACACAGCUUACUUUAUCGCUUUCUUAAAUACUUCAAGAAAACCAUAAUCAUUUCGAGAAUUUAAUUCAUACAACAGCAAGUCUCCAAAAUGAAGGUUACACAGUCUCUAUCUCUUUUGCUCCUCCCUCUUACCGCGCUAGCCGCGCCAAUUCUCGAGGGCACUGGAAACGUUAAAGCUGCAGCUGGAGCAUGCGCACCAAUGAUGCUUAUCUUUGCCCGUGGAACUACAGAAACAGGCACUUUGGGUACCGUAGCAGGACCUCCAUUGGUUGCUGCUCUCGGUACGGCCGUUGGUGCUAGCAAUAUGGCUGUUCAAGGUGUUCCAUACCCCGCCGAUAUCCCUGGAUUUUUGGCAGGAGGCGAUGCAGCUGGAAGCAAGAUGAUGGCUCAAAUGAUCUCAACAGCCGUAACAAACUGUCCCGAUUCCAAGAUCGUCAUGGCAGGUUACUCUCAAGGCGGUCAACUCGUACACAAUGCUGCAAAAAUGCUUCCUGCAGCCACCAUGGCCAAAGUUAGCUCCGCUAUCAUUUUCGGAGAUCCAAACAACGGAAGUCCAGUCGCAGGCGCAUCAGCUGCAAAUACAAAGGUUAUCUGCCAUACCGGUGAUAACAUUUGCGCUCACGGAGAUCUUAUUCUGGCACCUCAUUUAACUUAUGGAAUGGAUGCCGGUACAGCUGCUGCCUUCGCUAAGACUGCUGCUGGUAUGUGAUGGGUGAGCUGGGCAGACUUCAAUCACCAUCUUAUUUCAUCAGGAUCUUUUACAAAGUUAUUACGAUACCCGUGCUAGUGUCCUUUGAGGAAUUGGAUUUGGAUUUGGAUGAUGUCAAGUUUUGCAUUGAUUGCACAUCUUUUUUAUUUUUGUACUAAUUAUUUACAUGGAGACCACUUGGUCG